GGAUGUCAAAGGUGAAAAGAGCGCCACUCGCGAAUAACAAAAUCUUGUGCAAGCAAAAAAUAGUGUUUCUAGCUGAUGCGUAGUAUGUUACGGCUGUAAUUUACUCGAUAUUUUCACGUUGAAUGCGCUCAGCGUAGUGUUUUUUCCAGUUAACGUUAACAUGGCCAGUCAACUUUAUUUGUACGACUGCGAAAAGGAAGUGGACAUUCACGUUCCGAGUGCCGAAACCGUCAUCGGGCGAGACUCAAUUCUUCAGUGCGAUGACAAACGAAUAUCGCGUCAGCAUGGCAUUAUAAAAGUGGACAGCGAACAAACCGGCAGCGUUCAAAUCACUUCAACCCAUUCGAACCCGAUCUUCAUUCGCACAUCCGAUAAUGUGCUGAAUAUUUUGACGAAAGAUUUAACGGCCACGCUACGGCAAGGAGAAAAGUUUGCACUACUUCCAGAUCAGUACUGGUACGAGGUUCGGUUUCGGACCUUGGAGGAGCAGCAAGAAGCUGCAGUUAGUUCUUCGUCAAACGGUGGGACUUUACGCGUUAGAACAAUGGAAGAGGUUAACGGUGCCGUUGCGACCAGUGCAGAAAAGAGGACUCUUCCCGACUGGAUUGCGGAUAGUAGCGAGAAGCGAAAGAUUUCUGAUGGAUCGGAGGCUGAGAAUUGCAAAAAGACUAAAACGGAACUGGCCUCUAGUUCGGAAGCUGCUAUCAGAGAGGAAACGGCUGCCGUUGAUGGGAAUCAACCGGACAGUGUCGGUCCAGAGUCAUCCUCUGUCGAAAUGGAUCAAGCCAUAAAACCAGAUCCCGAUGCAAGCGAAGCCAGUACUUCUCGUCCAAAGUCACCUCAGCAGUCAGCGGAGAAUGCUGUCAAAGUAGAGGUUAAGAAAGAAACUGCUGACAGCACAGGGCCCCCACCUAGGCCAUCUUGCGAGUUCGGUAUUCGUUGCUAUCGACACAAUCCCGAGCAUCGAGCACAGUUCUCACAUCCCAACGAUGGCGACUAUCGGAGGCCCACAUUUCCACCGGCCCCGGACGAUGCACCACACUGUCCGUUCGGAGUAAGCUGCUACCGCCGUAAUCCGCAGCAUUUCCGAGAGUAUCAGCAUCCAGACUCAAGUGAGUAUAGAGCUUCGGUUACUCCCGUGAUUCAAGUACCUGUAAAUCUCCAGCAGCAGCCACAACAACAACCGCUUAGAAGGCCCUCUCCAAACGACGGUGGCCAGAGACGGCGACAACGACGACGUAAUUUAGCCCGGGAUAUAGUCAUAGCUGCGAUUGCCAAUCCCGGGCUUUUUGCCGGUAGCGACGAGGAGGAUGAUGACGAAGACUUGUUCGAUUACGAAAGCGAUUCCGAUGAGUAUAGGCCAGGUCGCGAAUCGAGUGACGACGAUGACGAAGUGGAGGAGAUUGAUUCUCGAUCAUUUUACGAAGCUGAGGAAUAAUCCUGUCGAAACUACUGUUGUCUCAAUCCUGUUCGAGCGUUGUUUGGGCGGGUGACUUUUGAAUUAAAUUAUUUAAAAAAAAAAACUUAUUUGAUAAAACGGUUACAAUAUUUAUUAUAGUU